AGAGAAUUCAGCCUGAGUGCAUACUAGUUGAAGAAAGUUUUUUGUGCAGCACUGAAGACAUCGACUCUGUGAUCCUGGACACGCUUUGCAUAUUUGGAACAAACUUCAAAGUAAUAUCCAUUAAGUGCUAGCUUGGUCAUGGUUCCCUCAUCUGUCCUGAGGACACCUAGGCUACUGCUGCAGGUUUUACUGGAGAAGAAAGUAACAGUCCUUCAGGCUACACCAACACUGCUUCUUAGCCUUGGCCCUCAGAGGGUGAAGGAGUCUCUCCUAGCACAUGGUUCAUGGCUGAAGGUGUUGGCCCUUGGUGGUGAGGUGUUUCCCAAAGUGCCCGUCUCACACUGUAUUGGACGAGGUUGUGCAGCAAAAAUUUUCAACGUGUAUGGUCUAACUGAGGUGUCUUGCUGGGCAUCUGUUUGGGAGUAUGUGCCUGAGGAAACUAGUGCAUCCCAUGAGGUGGAAUGGAUGCCUAUUGGGAAAGCUUUGUCUUACACUGAAAUAAGAGUGCUGAGGAAAACAGGGGAGGAAGUGGAGGAUGGGGAAGAAGGGGAAAUACAUGUUGGAGGUGAGCAGAGGAUGUGCUUGGUGGAUGAUGGUAGGGGUAGUAGCAUGGAAGGACAGACACUGAAUUCUUUAAAGGCAACAGGUGACUUGGGGCUUGUGAAGGAAGGACACAUUUACUGCCUUGGAAGACUGGAUGACCAAAUGAAGAGAAAUGGUCAGAAAAUUAGUUUAAGGGAAAUUGAAAUUGUUUGCUCAUGUUUUUCUUACAUCAAUCAGUGUGUUGUUGUGCCAGACUCGUCAAACAGACUAGUGGUAUGUAUGUGUCUAUGUGAUAAGGACGUCACAGUGGAUGAUGUUUGGAAAGACCUGAGGAACAGUUUGGCACCGUGGAAAAUUCCUGAUGAAGUUGUGUUUAUUGAUUCUGUGCCCUUCAAUACUCAUGGGAAGAUUGAAAUGCCGGCCCUACUCUCCUUGGUGACAAAGCUUCGUCACAGUUCCAGGCACACACAGACUCUGCAGGACUUCUUUAAAGAGAUAUGGAUCAGAACUCUAGGUUAUGAGGAUGUGAGGGAGGAUGACCAGUUUGUCGUGUGUGGUGGGAACUCACUCACGGCUUUACAAAUAAAUGUUGCGGUGGAAGAAUUUUUAGAAUGUGAAAUCCCAGAGUUUCUUGAUAUGCUGCUGCACAAACCAUACAGUGAGAUUGUUCAAAUUCUGAGGAAAUAUCAGCUUGCCAGAAAGAAUAGUGAGUUCAGUGGAGACGUAAACAAGAGGACUAAAACUAAACAUAGUUCUCAUCCACAACUUGAGCAUAACACAAACUUAGAAGAAAUGAAAAAUAAUGAUACUGAUGAGUUUUAUAAUCAUCAGAGUGCAAUAAAAAGCACCAUGAAUGGUAAGCAGAAAGAUAAUACAAAUAAAAAAAAGAGCAUCCUUCUAGCAGCUGUUUCAAGAAGAGGUGUUCAGCUGAGGGAAUCAGAGUCAUCACAAAACCUUUCCUCUCACACUUACUUGCUGAGGUGGAAAUUUAACCUUGGAAAGUGCAUAGACUCUUCACCUCUCCUUGUCAAACGUUCAUGUGGUGACAUGUUUGUAUUUGUUGGAUCUCACUCCCACAAAUUUGUAUGCCUUGAUGCUGUCAGUGGAGUGGAAAAAUGGAGCUGUAUACUUGGCGACAGAGUGGAGUCAUCCCCAGCUGUUUCGCGAGAUGGGCUUUUUGUUUAUGUUGGUUGUUAUGACUAUCAUCUUUACUGCCUCAGAGUGGAGGACGGGAGUGUGGCAUGGAAGUACAAAACUAGAGGUGAAGUGAAAAGCUCGCCAGUUGUGGACCAGGACACUGGUUGUGUAGUGUUUGGAUCUCACGAUAAGCACCUCCACUGUGUAUGUGUGGAUGGAGAGGCUAAGUGGGUAUUACAAGUGUCUAGUGGGAGUAUAUUUUCCUCCCCAUGCAUUAGUGGAGCCUUAGUGAUUGUGGCCACACUGGAUGGAGUGGUGUGUGGUGUGGACAAAGUCAGUGGAAGGAUCAGGUGGAGGGUGACACUCAAUAAACCAGUGUUCAGCUCACCCAUCAUUUAUUCUGAGGGUGUUGUCUUUGGCACUGUUGAAGGCCUGGUGCUUAGUUACACCCUCAGUGGCACUCCUAUGUGGAAAUUCAAGACAGGAGGAAGCAUUUUCUCAUCUCCAUUUGUGUUGAAGCUCAGUGACUCUCUUCAGGUUAUUGGUAUUGGAUCACAUGAUGGCUGUGUUUACUUUUUCACUCAUCAGGGAGAGCUGAUGGCCAAGUACUGUGCUGCCUCCCCUGUGUAUGCCACCCCAUUCAUGUAUGAUAAGGGGGAUGGUGUGUUUGGGGCUGUGGUAUGUGAGACACUUGGGAGGUGUUGUGUAUUGAGGGUGGCAGGUGUUGGGAAACAGGAGGAAGGCACCACACAAAGGACAGGUGUAGAGGUAAUGUGGAAGCAUGAGUUUCCAGGAGAACUUUUUGCCUCACCAAUAUUGUAUGAGAAAAGGUUAUGGAUUGGUUGUCGAGAUGAUUUUCUGUACUGCUUUGAUGCUCUCUAGGUGAAGUGUGAGUAGAGGUUCAUUCUUCAGUGGUGGGUUGUCGUAGGUGGAUGACAGAUUACAUUUACUGCAAGUGAGAACAGUAUAUUUUUACACAUUGAUUAGUGUACAAUUAGUGCUAACAAAAAUACAGCUUUGAAUUAAUGUGUAAACUGUCUCUUGUGAUAUAUAUCUUUUAGUAUAUUACUGGUAGUCUCAUAGAUAGGUUACUCUAUAUAGAAAUAUUGUAAUAUAUAUUUUUUAUAUCAAAUAUUUAUUAGAUAUCUUAAUGAUAUAUUUUUCUUCCUGGUUCAUUAAUUCUUUUUUCAUUGUAUACAUAACUGGGAUAAACUUAGUACCAA